UUGAAUAUCUUUCAAAUUUGUUUGUUCUAGCCAUGUAAGAAAAAUGAGGUGAUUCUCUUUAUAUAAUGUUAGUCAUCUUCUAGUAGAUUGAAUAUGAAUAUUUUGCAGGAUUGCUGAUUUUGUGACUGCGAAUCCAGAUCCGUUAAUACCAACGAUUUGCGAAAGCUUGUUUGUACCUGCGUAUAGCUUCUGGUCUUCUAGUACCAGAAGCCAAGCUGUUUCUGCAUUUGGAGGAUUUGCUUUAUGUGGUUAAAGCCAAACCCCAUGAUCGCAGGAUGAUGUGUGACUCACCGAUUGUGCAAACUAAGUUGAGCCAAAGUGAUUCUCUCUGUAAAUAUUCUCAUUCUAGCAUCUCAUGUGGUUCUGAAUUUCAGUCAGAGGUUGUGAAAGAUGACUCGUUGUCAAAGGUACAAAGAUUGGAACAGCAGCUGCUUGAAGAAAUAGAGCUACGUGCUAUUCUGGAAAAUGCAAUUGAGAAAAAUGCUACUAAAUUCUCCAGUCCAGCAUGCCUUCCUCCUUACAAUGUAUGUUUUCUAAACAUUGUUUAAUUUAUCCUCUCUAUU